AUGUCCUGCCUCAUCCAAGAUUCCAUCCUCGGCCAAUUUAUCCGCCUUGUCUCGCGCGGCCGGUACUUCCGGUUCGAGGAGCAAAAAGAUCCCUCGCUAUGGCAGCAGUACGUCAACCUCAACAAAUCGGGCCGCAUGGCUUACGCUGGUCGUCCCGAUGCCGAUGAAGAACUGCCUGAGCGCUUCAGCGCCGCCGAUACCGAGUCAAUGACGAGGGUGCCCUCCACGGCAUGGUCGCAUAAUGGCCAUCGGUAUCAAGGCAUCACCGGGGCCGUCAUCGACCCAGAGAAGGGACGCGACGUGACCAUUGUCGACUGGUGGAGUGAUCGCGAUCCGGAGCUAACUCAUCAGAACCCCCAACACUGGCCGCUAUGGAAGAAAGUCGUGGUGACCUUUGAAAUCUGCCUUCUCACCUUCAGCGUGUACAUCGGCAGCGCCAUCUACAGCGCCGGUAUCGAGUCAGUUAUGUCCGAGUUCCAGAUCAGUCAAGUAGCGGCUACUCUAGGACUGACUCUGUUUGUGGCUGGCUAUGGACUGGGUCCGCUGCUAUGGUCGCCCAUGAGCGAGGUGCCCCAGAUCGGGCGCAACUCCGUCUACAUCGCGACACUGAUCGUGUUUGUAGCCCUGCAAGUCCCAGUUGCAUUGGCCGGAAAUCUGGGCACACUACUAGCCUUUCGCUUCCUGACUGGCUUCUUUGGCUCGCCUGCUCUCGCAACACACCAGGGCGGCGCCACACUCUCCGACAUGUUCGCCCCUCGCAAACGCGCCUACGGCAUCGGCAUCUGGGGCAUCAGCGCCAUCUGCGGCCCCGUGCUCGGUCCCCUAGUCGGCGGAUUCGCCGCCCAAGCCAAAGGCUGGCGCUGGACGAUCUGGGAACUAAUGUGGCUAUCAGGAUUCACACUAGUCAUACUAAUAAUCUUCCUUCCAGAGACCUCCUCCAGCAACAUCCUGUACCGACGCGCCCGCCGACUCCGCAAACUGACCAACCGGUCCAACUUGCGCAGCGAACCCGAACUCGCCAGCGAACAUCUCACAGCCCGCGAACUCGCAAUGAUGACGCUCGUCCGGCCCUUCACGCUCAACUUCACCGAGCCAAUGGUCUUCCUUCUGAACCUAUACAUCGCCCUAAUCUACGGUCUACUCUACGUAUGGUUCGAAUCCUUCAACAUCGUCUUCGCAGGAAUCUACGGCUUCAACCUUGGCCAGCAAGGUUUAGCCUACAUCGGCAUCCUAACCGGCGCUCUGAUAACAAUCCCCCCAUAUUACUGGUGGAUGCACAAAUACCUCGAACCAAGAUUCGACCCCGAAACAGGAAACGUUCCCCCGGAGGCGCGUCUCCCGCCCGCUAUUGUAGGCGGGUUCUUCAUCCCUAUCUGUCUUUUCUGGUUCGGAUGGAGUGCCCGUCCCUCUAUUCAUUGGAUCAUGCCGAUUGUGGGCAGUGGGUUCUUCUCCGUCGGUGCGUUCUUGCUUUUCAAUCCCGUGCUGAAUUACCUCUCCGAUGCGUACCCGGAGUAUGCGGCGAGUGUGCUCGCUGGGAAUGAUUUGUUUCGGAGUGCGUUUGGUGCCGGGUUUCCGCUGUUUGCGACGGCGAUGUAUAAGAAUCUGGGGGUGGGUUGGGCAAGUUCGACGUUGGCCUUUUUGGGCUGUGCGUUUAUUCCCAUUCCGGUUGUGUUGAUGAAGUAA